AUGUCAUCACCAUGCCAUCCCUCUGCUAUGCUGCUAGCCUUUAUGGCCCUUGCUGUCGGUGUUGGGGCUGAACAGUUGAAAGAGAGGAGCUGUGAUGUGGUUGGUGAUGAAAGCAGCGAGUCGCAAAUGGAAAGAGCCCUGCUGAAGAAACUAGAGCCCCUGAGCCAAAUGAGGUUUAACGUGACUGUGGAGAAAGGCCAAACAGAAAACUACAUCUACAAUUUCAGAGUAUGCAGGGAGGUCAACAGCACCUUGCACGAUUUUGGAGGCCUGGUGCAAACAGAUAGACAGAACGGGAAGACCACAGUGAUAGGAAGAAUCAAUGAAACCCAGGUCUUCAAUGGAAGUGACUGGAUCAUGCUGAUUUAUAAAGGAGGUGAUUCAUAUGGCAGUCACUGCAGCGGUGAGAAGAGAAGAGCUGCGAUAAUGAUUUCUUGCAAGCGGGGAGUUACAGCGAGUUCAUUCAGCAUUAUUUCGGACGAGCGGGAAAAGCAACAGGACUGUUUCUACCUCUUUGAGAUGGACAGCAGUGUGGCUUGUCCAGCUGAGGAAUCCCACCUCAGCAUUGGCUCCAUUCUACUGAUCACGUUUGUUUCACUGAUUGCAGUCUACAUUAUUGGUGGGUUCCUCUACCAGCGCCUUGUAGUGGGAGCAAAGGGCAUGGAGCAGUUUCCUCACUUUGCCUUCUGGCAAGAUCUGGGCAAUUUAGUGGCGGAUGGCUGUGAUUUUGUCUGCCGAUCUAAGCCUCGAAAUGCACCAGCUGCAUACCGUGGUGUGGGUGAUGACCAGCUGGGCGAGGAGUCAGAAGAACGGGAUGACCACUUGCUACCAAUGUGACAGGCGUUAACACUGAGUUCUCUUCUCCCCAUCUCCCCAGUGCUUGUUUAGCCGGGUGCCUCCCAGCCAGUUUUCCUUCUCUCACAAUUUUCU